CGUUCUUUCUUAGCACUAAAAAAGUGCUAACAAACAAAACAGAAGUCUCACUGAGUGAUGACCUUCAUAUGGACUGAAUCAGAAGUAAGCAAAAUUGAUUUGUGCACCCUGCACGGGUGGUAAUUUUGCACCUUGAGAAUAGUCAAUGCCCUGAAAAUAGAAACCAAUUACAGAAUAUGAAAGUAUAGUUGGAACGCAGAGAGAGAUGAUUGUCACCUGUAAAAGCUAUUCAAAAAUUACAGCAAGAACUAUCUGAUGAUUGAGGACCAUGGAGGAGAGACUAAUGGUCAAAUUAGCUCGCUUCCUCACUUCUCUUCCAUGUCCACAAGCUCCACCUACACAAAAUAAUGUACAUCCCAACAAACAAAAAAUAAUCCCACCAACCAAAAAACAAUCAUUGUCAAUUGUUCUAUAAAAAAGAAUGAAAAAACAAUCUUCUACCUUGACCAAAAAAAAUGGAAAAUCUCUGGUUCAGUAUCUUCUCUCUCACAGCUACUAUCUUCUUCUUCUUCAUCGCCAGAUUCCUGUGGAGUCAAAACUCCAAGUUACCACCAAGCCCUACGUCUCUUCCCAUCAUCGGCCAUCUUCACCUUAUCAAGAAGUUUCCUUUUCCACAAGCUUUACAUCUCCUCUCUUCAAUCCACGGCCCUGUUCUAUUCCUCAAGUUCGGAUGCCGUCCCGUUCUCGUCCUCUCUUCCCCAGAAUCAAUAGAAGAGUGCUUCACCAACCACGACCAAACCCUCGCGAACCGCCCCAGGACCAUCACCUCUGAUCACUUCAGCUACGGCUACAAGAACUUCGGACUCGCUCCUUAUGGAGAUCUCUGGAGAACUCUCCGCCGUCUCUCCACCCUCGAGGUCUUCUCCUCCACAAGUCUCCAGAAGAACUCUUUUAUCCGUAACGAAGAAGUCUUGAAUCUCUGUUCCAGACUCUUCAGAUCAUCCGUUGACUCUCGGAAAGUGGAUCUCAAGUAUCAUUUCACUCUUCUCACCGCUCAGGUCAUGCUCAGCUUAGUCUCUGGGAGUCGUGGCGUUGAAGAGAGCGAUCCGGAAUCAGAGAAGAGGUUCUUUGAUGAUUUCAAGACUAGGUUCUUCUCGAGCAUGUCGAUGAACGUCUGCGAUUUUUUCCCAGUGUUGAGGUGGAUUGGGUUCAAAGGUAUUGAGAAGAGAGUGAUGGAGAUGCAGAGGAUGAGAGAUGAGUAUCUCCAACGACUCAUUGAUGAUGUUCGAAUGAAGAAGUUUGAUUCCACCGGUUCGGUAGUGGAGAAGUUCUUGCGCCUUCAAGAAACAGAACCAGAGUUUUAUUCAGAUGAUGUCAUCAAAGGAAUCGUUGUGCUUAUGUUCAACGGGGGAACUGAUACUUCACCUGCGGUAAUGGAAUGGGCAAUGUCGGUUUUACUAAACCAUCCUGAUAAGCUUGAGAAGCUCAGAGAAGAAAUCAGAUCUAAUGUUAAGCAUAAAGGGAUUAUACAAGACUCGGAUCUCUCGAGCUUACCUUAUCUUCGGUGUGUCAUCUAUGAGACGCUCAGGCUAUACCCUGUAGCUCCACUCUUGCUUCCUCACUGCUCAUCAAAGAGAUUCAACUUAGGCAACUACGAGCUUCCGGAAAACACAAUGUUGUUUGUAAAUGCCUGGGCUGUUCACAGGGACGGUGAGCUUUGGGAAGACGAGGAUGUUUUCAAGCCUGAGAGAUUUGAGGGGUUUCUUGGCGAUAGAGAUGGUUUUAGGUUCUUGCCGUUUGGAGUAGGGAGGAGAGCAUGCCCUGGAGCUGGAUUCGGAAUGAGGACAGUGGCGCUUGCUGUGGGAGCAUUGGUUCAGUGUUUUGAUUGGGAGAAGGUAGAUGAAGGAGAUAUAGACAUGAGGCCUGUGUUUGGUGUGGCAAUGUCUAAGGCUGAGCCGCUUGUCGCAUUGCCUAAGCCAUGGCCUGAUAUGGUUCCUAUCUUGUCUCAGCUCUAGUGUCAUCUGUGUUAUGCAUUAGAGUUGCUUUAGACGAUUGCUUUUUCUAUAUACACAUCGACAAUAAAGAGAAUGAAUAAUGAUUAUAAAAUCACAAAUGGUUACCUUAAUAGUGGAAUCAGUUUCUUCA